AGUAAAUUGAACUUUUAGUAUCGAUAGUUUCGUUAUUCAGUCAAUGAACAUGAAAAAAUGUCCAACUGAUUAUUUAAUUCAAAAGUAACGUUAAUAUGAGUAUAAAUCCAAUUCAUUUGGAAUAUUUUUGUGACCAAUCAGUUUUCUGGAAUCACAAUUUAACUUGGAAUACAAAUCAACCCAAAUUAACUCGAUGUUUCCAUCAAACUGUCUUGAAUUGGUUACCAGCGCUUUUCCUCAGUUUAUUUUCAAUAUUCGAAGUGACCAAAAUAAUCAAGUUACAAAAAAAGUUUAUUCAUUGGAAUAUAAUUAAUCGUUCUAGAUUAGGAUUAACAAUUUUCCUGAUUAUCAUCAAUUUCAUUCAAUUAAUUAACGUAACUCGACAAUACGAUAAUCCAUCAAUAACCAAAAAACCAAAUCUAUCUGAUUUAAUUGCUCCAUUUAUCAACAUUAGCUCUUUUACGUUAAUUGGUUUAUUAUUUUACUGUCAUCAACUCCAUGAUAUUCAUACAAGUUGGAUCACUUGGAUUUACUGUUUAAUUAAAAUUAUUUGUCUAUUUGGAAUCGAUUAUUCAAUUUGGAUUGAUUCAAAUGAAUAUACAGAAAUUGAAGUCACUUUAUACAAUUUACAGUUAAUUGUGUUUAUAUUACUACUGAUUAUCAUCUCGUUUUCUGAUUCUAAAUCAUUACCUGAUUAUCUUAGCUUAAAACUGUUCAGGGACUUACGAAAUCCCCAAGAGAUUGGUAAGUCCAAAAAUCCCGAAAGAUCAGCUUCGUUUCCGAACUAUAUUACUUUUUGGUGGUUCAAUAAAUUGGCUUUACUUGGCCAUCGAAAAGCUUUAGCAAUCGAGGAUCUUUGGGAGCUUCGAGAUGACCUUAAAGUAAGCACAUUGAUGCAGCCUUUUAACUUUCAGUAUAAAAGAUUAUCAGAAUUGACUGAUAAACGUUCAAAAAGUAAUCUAAAUGGUUCGUCAAAAAAUCAAAGUAAACGAAAAGUAAAUAUUAUCAGAAUUCUGGUUAAAAACUUUGGUCAUAGUUUUCUAGUUGGAACGACAUUGAAACUGGUUCAGGAUAUUCUGCAGUUCAUUUCACCACAGUUACUUAAAUUAUUCAUUAAUUUCAUCGAAAAUCAAUCAGAGGAACAACUUUGGCAUGGAACAUUAAUUGCGUGUUUAUUGUUCGUAGUCACGUCUUCCAAGACAAUUUUUCUUAAUCACUAUUUCUAUCGUAUGAUCAUCGUCGGAAUGCAGAUAAAUUCAACGUUGACUGCAGCAAUUUACAGAAAAUCUUUCAAUAUUAGUGACAAAGCAAUGAAACAAAUCACUUCCGGAGAAAUAAUUAAUCUAAUUUCAGUUGAUUGCAAACGUUUCCUUGAAUUAAUGCCUUACAUUAAUCUACUCUGGUCAGCACCUUUUCAGAUAUUGAUGACCACUUUUUUCCUCUUCCUUGAACUGGGAUACUCUGCAUUUUGUGGCAUAUUGGUGAUGAUCUUUUUGGUUCCAAUCGAUGGAGUGUCAAUUAUGCUAAGUAGAAAACUUCAAGUAUCAGUUAUGGAUCAUCGAGAUGAGAGAGUUAAAGCGAUUAAAGAAAUUCUGAAUGGAAUACGAAUCAUCAAAUUCUAUGCUUGGGAAAAGUCAUUCCUUCGAUAUAUCACCUCGCUCAGAGAAAAAGAAGAAGGUCAACUGAGAAAAUUAUCAUAUCUCGAAUAUAUUUCAGCAUUUAUUUGGCACUGUUCUCCUACGAUUGUGUCAGUGACGACGUUUGCCUCUUACGUUUUGCUUCAAGGAGGAACACUCACCGCAGAAAAGGCUUUUGUAUCACUUUCUCUAUUUCAUAUAAUGAAAUUUCCUUUAUCCAUGAUACCUGAACUUUUAUCGUCUUUAAUUAUGGCGAGUGUUUCAACUAAAAGGAUUAACAAGUUUUUAAAUCUCGAUGAACUUGAUGCUUAUGUAACACGAAACUCUGACGAAUUGGAUGUUUUGAAAAUAGAAAAUGGCUCCUUCAGAUGGAGUCCAAGAGACGAAAGACCCGAAGGUAAUUCCAGAUCAUGUGGAUUCUCAAACAAGAAAUGUUUUUAUACCACGAAUUUAUUAAAUGACGAAGUCAGUAAGGAAUCGGAUGGAUUGACACUCGAAACUAAACCAAGUCUUCGGCAUAUUAACAUGAAAGUGAAACCUGGCUCGUUUGUAGCGAUUGUUGGUUCUGUUGGUAGUGGUAAAAGUUCAUUGUUAAGUGCGAUUCUCGGAGAGAUGGAGAAAAUAUCAGGACGAAUUAAUAUCAAUGGAAAAUAUUCAAUCGCUUAUGUCGCUCAACAAGCAUGGAUUCAAAAUACUUCAUUGAAGAACAACAUCUUAUUUGGUUCUCCGUUUGAUGAAAGUAAAUAUAAUCAGGUAAUUUCUGCCUGUGCAUUAGAACCUGAUAUCGCUUAUUUACCUGGAGGAGAUGAAACGGAAAUCGGCGAGAAAGGAAUUAACCUUUCAGGUGGACAAAAACAACGAGUUAGUCUUGCUCGAGCUUGUUACAGUGAUUCUAAUCUGUUCAUUUUAGACGAUCCAUUAAGUGCUGUCGAUGCUCAUGUAGCUCAACAUAUUUUCAAAAAAGUUCUGAGCUCAAAGACUGGAAUCUUAAAGAAUAAAACUCGAGUUUUAGUGACCAACAAGUUGGAUCUUUUAUCCAAAGUCGACAGUAUUUAUGUUCUAACUAAUGGUGUGAUUACCGAGAAUGGAACAUACAAACAAUUGAUGGAAGCUAAAGGAGAGUUUUGUGAUCUCGUUGAACAAUUUACCAACCGAUCAAUAGAAAACGAUAAUGAGCAGCAUGAAGAAUUGUCAGUUACCGAAUCUAUUGAAAAGAAAGAUAUUAAAUCUGCCGAGAAGACCGAUGAUCAAAAGAAAAAAUUGAUUGAAGCAGAAACUUUAGAAACUGGUAAAGUCAAGUGGUCAAUUUACUGGGAAUAUUUUGGAAUGGUCAGUUUUCUCUGGACAACAGUAAUAAUUGUAGCUCAUGCCUCCAUAGUUAUCUUUUCAUUAAUUUCUGACCUUUGGUUAUCAGAAUGGUCGAGUGAGCCCGUUUCUAAAUCUAAUUCACUUUCGACAACCAAAUUUCGAGUUAUGGUUUAUUCUAUCUUAGGUCUUGUUGUAAGCAUAACGACCUCCAUAGGAUCUUUUGCGAUCAUCGCAGGAACAUCAAAAGCAUCAAUCGAAUUCCAUGAAAAGUUAUUAUAUAAUGUUUUUCGAUUGCCUAUUUCAUUUUUCGAUACAAACCCUUUGGGAAGAAUAGUUAAUCGGUUCUACAAGGACAUGGACACCAUUGACACUACUUUACCGGAGAUAAUUCAUCAUUGGAUUAUUUUUCUUUUCGAAGUUGUCAUCACCUGUGUGAUAAUUUCGUUUAACACACCGAUGUUCGUUCUCGUACUGAUUCCGCUCAUUUGUCUGUAUGGUUACAUCCAAACAAUUUACAUCGGUUCAUCGCGACAAUUGAAGCGACUCGAAGCUGUAACUAGAUCGCCAAUUUAUUCACAUUUUCGAGACAGUUUGUGUGGUGUUAAUUCCAUACGCGCUUUUGGUGUUACUCAAAGAUUCAUCGAAGAAUCAGCGAAUUUGAUUGAUAUUAAUGUUAAUUGUUUCCAUCAAAGUGUUGUGGCUAAUCGAUGGCUCAGCACUCGCUUAGAAUUUUGUGGUAAUUUAGUUAUACUUGCGACAGCUAUUUUCGCAAUCUUAGCACGAAGCUCUCUUGGUGCAGGAACUGCGGGACUUUCAUUGUCUUACGCUUUAACGCUCAUCAAUUCAUUGAGUUGGCUCGUUCGAAUGUCGUCCGAACUUGAAACAAACAUUGUUGCUGUUGAACGUAUUAUGGAAUAUUGUAAAUUAAAAAGCGAAGCUGAUUGGUAUGAAGGUAAAAUUAUGCCACCUGAUGAUUGGCCAUCAAAAGGAUCAAUUAAAUUCGAUAGAUAUGAAACUCGAUAUCGAGAAGGAACCGAAUUGAUUUUGAAAGGAAUUUCAGGAGAAAUCAAAGGAUUGGAAAAGAUUGGAAUUGUUGGUCGAACUGGAGCUGGUAAAUCGACAGUUACUCUGUCAUUGUUUAGAUUAAUUGAAGGAUCAGGAGGAUCGAUUUCUAUUGAUGGUCUUAAUAUCAGCGAAUUACCUUUGCAUCCAUUGAGAUCUCGUCUUGCAAUUAUCCCUCAAGAUCCAGUCCUUUUUGGUGGAACCUUGAGAUUCAACUUGGAUCCAUUUGAUUGUUAUUCAGACAAUGAUAUUUGGGAUGCAUUGUCUCAUGCUCAUCUCAAACAAUUCGUUAAUAAUACUGGUCAAGGUCUUAAUUACCAAAUAGCUGAGGAAGGAAAAAAUCUUAGUGUUGGACAGAGACAAUUGUUGUGUUUAGCAAGAGCUUUACUUAAGAAACCAAAGAUUCUAUUUCUGGAUGAAGCAACUGCAGCGAUCGAUUUGGAAACUGAUUCAUUGAUUCAGAAAACAAUCAGAACAGAAUUCAAAGAUUGUACAAUAUUAACGAUCGCUCAUCGUUUGAAUACAAUAUUAGAUUCUGAUCGAGUGAUGGUCUUGGAUCAAGGUCAAAUCGCGGAAUUCGAUGAGCCAAAAGUUUUAUUAGAAAACAAACAAUCGACAUUCUAUUCAUUAGCUAAAGAGGCUAAUCUUGUCUCUUGAUAAUUGAUACAAUCAACUUAAUUUACAUUUGUAUUUAUUUAUUCAUCAUCUCUAUCAGUAAUCAACAGGUGUUAUUGUCAUCUUACUCUGUUGUAAUGAUUAAAUCAAACACAAUUAAAUUGAAUGCUUAGGAAUAAAAAGAAAAUCUUUUUACUCUUAAAAAUGAAGUUUAAUAAUCACUUUUAGUUAUCAAUGACUAUUAACUCAUAGCAACAGGUUGAUUUGACCGAGGUCAACUUGAUUGUUGAACAAAAAUUUGAGUUCAAAAAACGUCAGAAAAAAUUAACGAGAUUGGAAUGAAAAAAGAUUUCGAGAUGGAGAUUAACUCACAAAUAGAGAAAUUAGUAAUCAAAAAAUGAAGGUCCGAAAUCUCGUAUCAUUGAUAUCAAUCGGUAUACGAGUAAAACCAUUGGGGUUUCUUCAAAUGAAAACUUUACAAUUAUUAAUUUUAGAGCGAAAUUCUGCUUGGAAAUGAAGUUUCAUAUUCAAAAUCAUCAUAUAUGUGAUUUAAAUUUAAUUUCGACUUAUUACGACGAAUUAAUUAAUUAAUCACAAUUAAAAGUCGUUUUGGUUUCUUCAAAUGAAAACUUGGUUUCUUCAUUUGGUGGUUUGGUUUCUUCAUACGAAAAGCAGAAUCGAAUUUUUUACCUUUGGUUUCUUCAAACGGGAAACACUGUAACAUCGAUAGUCAAACGAAGUAAAUUGAUUCCAAUCAAAGAGAUCGAAUUGAGUGAAAAAGAUGAAAUUGAAAUAUUAAGAGAGAUAAUCGAAGAGUAUGAAUACACUUUGAUUCUUUAUGGACCAAUUGGUUAGAUCAAUUCUUUAUCAAAAGCACAAAUAAA